UGAGAUGGUUUUUUUGAUUGGGCUUCUUCCAAGAAAGAAAACAAAAAGUGACUCGUUAUCCUUUCUCUUUUUGGUGGUCUUUUUUCUUCUUCUUUUUGUUUCGCUUUUUGUGAUUUUCCCCAAGGGCCAACGGUUUAGCUUUCUGAUUUCUGAUUUCUCAACCAAAGCGUGGUUGGUCUGCGGGCAAAAAAUAUAAACCAACCCACCCAAACACUUUUGAAAGUGGUCUUUUGUUCCUACUCCGAACGUCGAGGUCCGGUUUUAUGUGGAAUUCGGACUUUGGUAAUCGUCGGGGUAUUUUUUUAUUUUAUUUUAUAUAUAUAUUUUUUUGUUUUCUUCGCCUCUUGUCCCAUAACAUCCAUUAAUCAGCUCAGGAUAGCUUUUUUGUUUCUUCUUUUUCUUACAAACCCAUUGGUCCACCGCCCUUUUAUUGCUGGGUCUUCUGGGUUCCAAAUAAACUCUGGGGCGUGGGCGCAUCACCGGCAAAACAAACCAAACCAAAACAGAGAAACUCGGCACGAUGGGGUCCUCGGGAUCUCUCGACCCCGAAGAGCUCACGGUGGUUGUUACCGGAUUUGGGCCCUUCAGGGAGGAAUAUCCCGUAAAUCCAGCAUGGGAGAUCACACGCCUCCUCCCAGAUUACCUCCCUCCGCCGCCGGGUAAGACGGCCAUGCAGCACCGGAGGUCCGACGACGACACCCCGCCGCUCCCUCCGGUGCGGAUCCAAAAGUACCCGUCGCCGAUCCGCGUCAACUACCAGACCGUCCGCGAGCUGGUCCCGACGCUCUGGGGCGACAAGCCAGGGGAACAGCCGGCUGCGACAGCGGAGGAGCAGCAGCAGCAGGAGGGAAGCGGCGUGCCAAAGAUUGAUCUGAUGAUCCAUAUAGGCAUGGCCGGCCCCCGUCGCUACCACUCCAUCGAGCGCCGCGGACACCGCGAUGGGUAUCGUGGCCUCGACGUCGAUGGUUUGCCGUUGGCGGACGAGGAGCGCCACGCCCGCGAGGGCGAGAAGUGGAUCUGGCAUGGUCUGCCUCGCGAGAUCGAGACGGAUCUGCUGUUGGAUGAUGUACUGGAUCGGUGGAAGGGUUAUGUGCCUUGGGACGCCGACGUGCGCGUUUCAGAGGACGCCGGCCGCUACCUCUGCGACUUCAUCUACUACAGCUCCCUGGCGCACCUCUACCGCAAGGGCGACCACCGGCGCGUCGUGUUCCUGCACGUCCCCGUCGACGUGACGGACGAGGCGCUGCGCAAGGGCGUGGACCUGACGCUGCAGCUGAUCCGGUCCGCGCUCGAGAGCGAGAGGAGUGGCCUCGCGGCCGAGAGGAGGGAAAAGAGGGCCAGGAAGAAGGACGACGACGAGAGGCUGCGCGCGCUGCACGAGCAGCAGCAGCGAGCACAGUGGCAGCAGGACCAGGAGCUCAGGGAGCAGAGGCAGAGGGAGCGGGAUGCGGCCCAGAAGCAGGUCAAGGAUGGAGGUGACGGGGCAAAGGAUCAGCUGUGGUAUGUCGAUCAGCCUUGAUGGAGGGUGACGAAGCAAUAAGGACUGGUCUUUUGGGUGAUGGAGGAGUGGUGUGCUGAAAUCUCGCGAGUAUUUUUUUUUUCUUAUUUCGGAUAGCAAUCGGAGGUUUUGAACGAGGAAGAGCCUUGGGUUCGCUUUUUUUUUCUAGUUUCACGUAUGCUCAUUCAUGUAGUAAUCAUUGAGGUUGAUGUUUUUUUCAAUGCCUAUUGUACGUAUUUUUACUUUGUACAAAAGAUUACAUGGGGGAAUAUGGAAG